CUGUAACUGCAUUUUUAUUUUUUCCUUCGCUACAGUCGCUCUCUGCGCCAUCUUUUCUUUUUCUUUUUUCUUCAUUUAAAGAGAAGGUUGAGGAACCCUAGCUGAUUUUUUUUUUUCCAAAAUAAAAUUGAAGGUUGAGGCUUUAGCUUUCCAUUGAGACCAUGACGACAUCGUUUGGGAGUGCAACGAGUACCGUGAUACCCAACGAUCCCAAGAUUAGAAUGCAAAGCUUUACGGGGUUGAAAUCUUUGCAUUCUAUAGCUUUGGCGAGGAAUCAUCGCGUGUUUCCACUUCCCUUCUCCACUCCUUCUGUUAUUACAGCUGUCUCUACGCCAGUGAAACCCGAAACCAGUACAACAGAGCCAAAGCGAAGUAAAGUUGAAAUAUUCAAAGAACAAAGCAAUUUCAUUAGAUACCCUCUUAAUGAGGAGAUAUUGACUGAUACACCCAAUAUAAACGAGGCUGCAACACAAUUAAUUAAGUUCCAUGGGAGCUAUCAACAGUAUAACCGAGAUGAGCGUGGUACAAGGUCUUAUUCGUUCAUGCUUCGAACCAAAAACCCCGGUGGAAAAGUCCCAAACCAGCUCUACUUGACAAUGGAUGAUCUUGCUGAUCAGUUUGGUAUCGGAACACUUAGAUUGACCACAAGGCAAACGUUUCAGCUCCAUGGAGUUUUGAAGAAGAACCUCAAGACGGUAAUGAGCACGAUUAUUAAGAACAUGGGUUCAACUCUCGGUGCCUGCGGGGAUCUCAAUAGAAAUGUGCUUGCUCCUGCUGCUCCCCUGAUGACAAAAGAGUACCUGUUUGCCCAGGAAACUGCUGAUAACAUAGCUGCUCUGUUAACCCCGCAGUCAGGUUUUUACUAUGAUGUGUGGGUGGACGGGGAGAGGUUCAUGACAUCAGAGCCUCCGGAAGUAGUGAAGGCAAGGAAUGAUAAUUCUCAUAAAACGAAUUUUCCGGAUUCACCUGAGCCAAUAUAUGGGACUCAGUUCUUGCCGAGGAAGUUUAAAAUUGCUGUCACUGUGCCAACUGAUAACUCGGUGGAUAUCCUCACAAAUGAUAUUGGUGUUGUGGUAGUUUCUGAUGAUAACGGGGAGCCUCAGGGAUUCAACAUCUAUGUUGGUGGUGGUAUGGGAAGAACUCAUAGAAUGGAGGCCACUUUUCCUCGGCUGGGAGAACCGUUAGGUUAUGUUCCAAAAGAGGACAUUUUGUAUGCUAUUAAAGCCAUUGUUGCUACUCAACGAGAUCAUGGCAGAAGGGAUGACCGUAGAUAUAGUAGAAUGAAAUAUUUGAUCAGCUCUUGGGGAAUUGAAAAGUUUAAAACUGUUGUUGAGCAAUAUUAUGGAAAGAAAUUUGGGCCUUUCCGUGAGUUGCCUGAAUGGGAGUUUAAGAGUUACUUGGGAUGGCAUGAGCAGGGAGAUGGUGCUUUGUUUUGCGGGCUUCAUGUAGAUAAUGGUCGUGUUGGAGGGAAAAUGAAAAAGACACUGAGGGAAGUAAUAGAGAAGUAUAACUUAAAUGUGCGAAUUACCCCAAACCAAAACAUUAUUUUGUGCGACAUUCGUAGUGCGUGGAGGCGUCCCAUUACCACAGUUCUUGCUCAAGCUGGCCUGCUGCAUCCUAAAUAUGUAGACCCCCUGAACUUAACAGCUAUGGCAUGUCCAGCUUUCCCACUUUGCCCAUUGGCAAUAACAGAAGCUGAGCGAGGCAUACCUGACAUCCUCAAGCGUGUCAGAUCCGUCUUUGAGAAGAUGUUCUGUGCAUGGCCUUCAUUUAAUUCUGUCUCAAGUUUCCCUAAUCUAGUCGGUCUGAAGUACAAUGAUUCUGUGGUGAUCAGAAUAACUGGCUGCCCUAAUGGUUGUGCUAGACCGUACAUGGCUGAGCUUGGACUGGUUGGUGAUGGUCCCAACAGCUAUCAGAUUUGGCUUGGAGGAACACCAAAUCAAACCCAAUUAGCAAGAAGUUUUAUGGACAAAGUCAAAGUUCAGGAUCUUGAAAAUGUUUUUGAACCUUUGUUCUACUACUGGAAACAAAAAAGACAACCAAAAGAAUCAUUUGGUGACUUCACAGCCCGCAUUGGAUUUGAAAAACUUAAAGAGCUGGUGGACAAGUGGGAAGGUGUAGUGCAAACGCCACCAGCAAGGUAUAACCUAAAGCUUUUUGCCGAUAAAGAGACAUAUGAAGUCAUGGAUGAGCUUGCAAAGCUGCAAAACAAGAGUGCUCAUCAGCUGGCAAUUGAAGUCAUUCGCAAUUUUGUUGCUUCCCAGCAAAAUGGUAAAAGUGAAUGAGUCAUACGAGAAACUAUUGCUGCUGCAUUCUCUUUCGGACUUCGAUACCAUUAGCCAACAUCUAGAGCGGAUGAAAUCAUUUUGUAUUCCAGUUUUGGUAUUGUAUUAGCAUUAUACAGGAUCUGGAUUCUCUAUAUUCAGGAGUAGUUUCUCGAAUUUGCUUUAAAAAAUACAAUUCCCAGUGUUGUAGUUUUGCGCCUUUA